GAGCUUCAACUCAAUGGCUGCAAGCGACGCAGCCGUCGCCACCCUCCCGGCGUCGAGCCCCCUUGUCUCGGCCCUGCAUGAGGGCAGCGCGAGUAACAUGUCCAGCCCUCUCAGUGACGUCGAGGACAAGGAUGGAGAUGACGACCUCAUGGAGCAGUUGAUGCGUAAGAACGUCACUAGCAUAGGACAUAGCGAGAGAGAAACCCCUGCGCAAUCUGAACACGACGAUAGCGUCGCCGACGACGACGACGAAUCUAACCUCUCCGAAGUCGACAUUAACGACUCCGAGGCCGAGACGGAGCGCCUUCACGAUAGCCCCUCCAAAAUGAAAGAAUUUGGCGGGUCGACCACUCCCAAAGCCGACCGUGCGGGCAAGAGGUUUCUCAACACAAGAGAGCGUGACUUCCAAUUCAGCCCGAGCAAGCUCAAGCAACAGACAAGAGCUGGCGGGGUCAGUGACCAAGAGAACGAUGCUGCGUCGGACUCCGAUAAAGACCAGAGCGACAGCGAUCUCUCAACGCCAUCCGGUCACAGCAAAGAUGCCCUUGGCUCUCCCCAUGAUGACAAACACAAUACCACCGUCGAUAGCGGCCCUGUAUCUGCAGAUACAAGCACUACAUCUUCGUUGGACACAAGAAAACGCAAACGAUCGCCCGCGACGGAGACAGUCGAGCCAGACCAGCCGGCAAAGAAGCGCGUCGGAUCCGUUGCGCCAGCUGCGGAUGCGAGCGAUGACCUAACCAUCCGCCGUAGUACGGCUGAGGCUACCCCGACAAACACGCACAACGGUGAUCAAUCUGAGGAGGAUGUGCCCUCUGGCGAUCAUAAGAAUCACCAAAAGACAUCAGCUCAAGAUGCAAACGGCACCGUGGCGCGACAGCAACCAAGCCCGGGCAGAUCGAAGCGCAGUGCCUCAAGGAAGGAAAAGCAAAUGCGCGCCGGAGAUGAUCGCGAUGCAGAGCCUGCUACUGUUUCGCUCCACGAGAUACCCGCUCCUACUACGGAGGGCGAACUUCCUACAACUGAGGAACAUGUUGAGGCUGAAGCCGAUGUAGAUGUCGAGCCCGGCGAUGGAGACGGUGAUGUGGAGUGUGAUCAGGAUGCGGAAGCAUUACAUAAGGACGAGGAAGAGAUGGAACGAAAAAAGGCUGCACAGGAGUUCAUACUAGGACUUGAAAAGUCGUUUGCAGAGUUCAGAGACCAGUAUUACGAAGAGCGCCUGCGACUACUGAAUGAGGAGGAGGCUAUGCUUAUGGCCCCUGAGCCAACACACCCUGAUUACUUGGCCAUGAUGCGCUGUGUCGAUGCACGCCGCGACGACAAAAUGCGAAUAAUCGAGGCCGAGUACAGACUAAACCAGGAGUCUCUCCAACGGUGGGCUGUCGCGGGCAGAUCACAGAUCAUGUCGCAAUAUUAUCAAGACGUGCGUAAGACACGCGAACAGGUACUCGAAGAACUCGGCGACGAGUGGUACAGGAUACAACAACAGAGGCGCUGCCAUGCCAAUAAGGUUGCCGAUUUCACGCUACGCUAUCCAGAGUCAAGAGCCAAGGCCGUCAAACAAGUCACGGCGUACAACAAGGAGGUUUCCGUUUUGUCCGAAAUAGCAAGACACAAGGGCUUUCCAGGCGCGCCUCGGAUAUCCGGUGCAAGUUUCUCAGAGAUCCAGGACGACUUGAAUGAGAUCAAGCAAGCAAAGAGGGAGAGCAGCCACCACGCUGGAGCAGUGUCGGCAACCUUUCAAGACUACGGCGCUAUUCCGAAUGAAAGGAUAUUAGGCCCUGCGGGAGAGGAGUUCCUCAAGCAGACACCAUGGGCAAACCCUAACCAUCCGUCGCACCAGCAGCAGUCUCGGCCACGUGAGCAAGCUACGGCCAAGGAGGCCAACGGAAACAGCCCACACUACCAAUCAGGGCCUUCUGGUGGUCGCAACAGCCACAACACAAGACGAGCUCAGAUCGGACAUGGUUCGUCGGCAAUCAAUGGGACCUCAGCGAUGUCUUCAAGUCUGCUGAAGUCUGGGAUGAUGGCGAUCAAAUAA